AUGUCUGACGGCUCCUCUUCUUCCUCCUCCUCCAACUCCGAUUCCCCCACAGCCACCGCUGCCCCAAACAUCACCAUCACCCCGACCGGUGUCACCACCUCAGAAACACCACCACCACCAUCUUCCCAAACACAAUCAUCCAUACAGUCGCUUUCCUCCAUCAUUUCCUCCAUCCCUUCCUCUCUCUCUUCCUCCCCAAACCCUUCCUUUUUGCUCCUACACGACUCUACCAUCUCCUCCCCAAUCUCCUCCCUCCUACGCCACCCUGACUCUGGCUCCGGCGAUAACAACCUAUGCCGCUGGCUCUAUGACACCUUCCAUUCAACGGACCCUGAACUCCAACUCGUCGUCCUUCGUUUCAUUCCCAUCAUCGCCGGAGUCUACCUCUCCCGCAUCUCUCGAUGUAAAGCCCUGGCUGGUUUCGAGGCUAUUUUAUUAGCCCUUUACGCACAUGAAACUACUGCUCGUGGAGACCAACCGAUGACCGUUCAUGUUCCGGAUUUGUCACAACCUAGCAUUUAUCAUGAAGCCAAGCCGUCUAUCAAAAACAAAGCAACCGAGCUAAACCUAGCGGUCACAUCUUCCACUUUGGAGCCUCAUGGAACAAUGCGGUCGACAAGGAGACCCAGGAUCGUUGGUGUCGCAUUAGAAUUGUAUUACAGCAAGAUAUCUCAAAUGCCAGUGACUUCCAAGAUUGAGUUUUGUGAGUUUUGCGAGAUUUGGGCAGGUCAAGACAGGGAGAAUUUCAAAGAUGGUGGAGAAGAUCAUGGUGAGAAUAAUGGUAGCAAUGAGAUGCAUACGGUAAAGAAGAAAGAAGGAAGGAUUCCCUUGCCAUGGGAACUAUUGCAGCCUACUUUGAGGAUCUUGGGGCAUUGCCUUUUGGGUCCUCAUGGUAGUAAGGAUCUAUUUGAUGCGGCUUCUUCAGCAAUAAACAGUUUGUACAUGAGGUCUUUGCAUGACAUUGAUGCUAAGGCAAUUUUGGCAACUAGUAGUCUUCUUCGACUUGAGAAAAUGGCUUUGGAUCCAAAGGCUAAUAUUGAUUACACUGAAAUAGAAAUGGCAAAUGUUAUAUCUUUGUAA